AUGGCCGGCGCAGAUCUAGCAGCAGCGGUUUCUGUUGGAUCCAAGGGAAUAACUGAUUUAACCCCAGAAGCAGAUAAAGGCAAUAACUGCAGGCCGUGCCUUGACGGACGAGGAUUGCUAGUUGGACUUGGUCCCAAGGUGACAAAGCCAAUGCCAGCAGUGGCCGUUGCAGCAGCAGAGGGUAAGUCCAUCAAGCGGCCUCGUGGUCGGCCAGCUGGCUCCAAGAACAAGCCCAAACCUCCCAUCAUCAUCACUCGAGACAGUGCCAACUCCCUUCGUGCUCAUGCCAUGGAAGUCAGCUCUGGUUGUGAUGUUGGCGAGAGCAUAGCCAACUUUGCCAGGAGGAAGCAACGUGGCAUCUACAUCCUCAGUGCAACUGGGUGUGUCAUGAACGUUACACUGAGGCAGCCUGCCUCUUCUGGUUCCAUUCUGACACUCCAUGGACGUUUUGAAAUCCUCUCCUUGCUUGGUUCCAUCUUGCCUCCACCAGCCCCUCCAGGCGUCACAGGCCUGACAAUCUAUCUGGCUGGUGGUCAGGGCCAGGUCGUAGGUGGUAGUGUUGUGGGUGCUCUCAUAGCCUCAGGACCGGUGGUAAUAAUGGCAGCGUCAUUCAUGAAUGCAACAUUUGAUCGUCUCCCACUGGAUGAAGAUGAAGUAGCCACUGUGCAUAAUCAGCAUCACCCACAGAACCAUCUCCAUCACCAUCAUAUGGACCUGUCCAACUUGUACGGAAUGCCUCCCAAUUUGCUCACUAAUGGUGGUCUAAGUCCAGAGAUUUACUCUUGGGCACCAGGGCGCCAGAUUACUAAGACUUAGCUGAACUACAAAUUCCCUUGAUUCUGCAUUUUCUCAAGUGUUGUGUGUUUAAUUUCAUAGUGAAUUUCUG